AUGGCAAUUUUCAUUAAAAAAAGAUUAUUCUUAUUUAUUGGUCUCUAUCUAAUUAUAUGUUACGGUAUUGGCAGAACCUAUUACAACAGGAGAAUAUAUUCGAUUACGAAAAGCAGUGAAGAAACUGCCCUCUUCAACAAUGCGUCGUCACAUGAUCUGCCCACCGUCAGUAUCGAAAACAAGGUCGCUUCCAUAAAUAAAAAAUUUUGUGGUCAAGUUGACUGCAAAUUUCUGUACGUUUACUUUCACGACGAACAAGAAACCAAAGCCAAUCAACAUUUUCGAUCUUUCACUCAACUCGCUGAUGCAUUAAAUCGUACCAUGGUGUUGACCAACGUUGGUCACUCGCGUAUAGAGGCUUGCAAACCUUUUCCAUUUGAAUUCUAUUACAAUAUUGAUGAACUGAGAAAAGAAUUCCCAAAUGUAAAAUUCGUUAAGCAAUCGGAAUUUCUCAAUUGGGUCGAGGAAAGAAGUCAGCUUGAUCUGCAAAUAACCGAGAAAAAAAGUCCGUUGCAACUUUCGAUUGAACACUUUGAUAUAAUUGAUAGUUUAGCCACCGAGGAGAACGAGAUUAGUAUUGAUAGAACGCCAGACAUAAGAUUGUAUCGAAAGUACGGAGGCUUCGACAAUACCAAAGGUCUGGAUCUGAGGAAUCUGAAAAUAAUCAAGAAAAUAAUAUUUAAAAAAAUAAGCAUAGGUAAAAGAGCAAGGUUAUCCAAAGCACGACAAGAAUCAUUAAAAAGACUUUCAGAAUUCAUGAUAAAUUCCUUCACCUCGGAAUCCGACAUUAUUUUGGUAAAGCAUAUGGUCAGAAGAGCGAUAUUCCCAACAGUCAUGCCCGUGGUACCAUACGCGGAACACAUAUUAGCGGAGUCAAACAUGUUACGCGAGAAAAUGAGUUCGGAAUAUAUUGCAGUACAUUGGAGAAUGGAGCUGGUUGCACCUGAGGCAUUACCCGGAUGUGCAAAGGGUUUGGUGAAAGCCUUGAAAAAACUUUCCAAUUACACCGGCAUACCGAAUUUUUAUUUAGCCACGGACUAUCCUUUACUGUCAAAUCUAUCGCAAUCUGCUUCAUUCAGACAGCUUACUCGAUAUCAUCACAACGCAAUGAAUAUCUUGAGAACGAAUGUGAAGAUCAACACAUGGGCAUCCUUAGACGGGAUGAAGAGGUUCAGGGAAAAAGAAGACUACGAUGUGGAGUUUAUGAGUGCCGGAGUGCAUGGAAUUCUGGAUAAAUUGCGUUCGUUUGCAAAUCAAAUGUGCAUAGGAAUGUUGGUGUUCUAUUCGAAUAUAGACCUCGGCAAACCAUGGCAAAGUAAUGAGGGACACAAAGUUCCACAGCAGAAUCUUCGAGAUUCUUGUCCACUCCCCAUUACCCUUCUUCACAUCGUCAUUCGUAUUCUCGCCAUCGUCGUCUCUGCCAAAAAUGCCUUCCCAAAUAAUGAACAACAAACCAUGAAAAACUAG